AUGAACGAACUACCAUCGGGCAUCAUAAAAGAAAUCUUCAAGUUCCUAACCUACAAAGAUGUGGUGAAAAAUAAAAACUGCGUAUGCAAAGAAUUCUAUUGCGCGGUGAACUACAAUGAUUUGUGGAAGUGCUUCUACGACAGGGAAUAUGCAGAUGACAUCAUCAAUAGGAGAGAAAAUGAUCCGUUUAAGGAGCUCUUUUACAUAAGACAUGAAGAAAAAAAAAAAAAUAAAUAUAUUUGUUUUCCAAAGUCUGCACAAGAACAAUUCUUAGAUAUGGAAGCAUCAUUACUUGCCCUGCGGGGCCGCUCCUUUGAACAGUUUAACCUUUCUCAUUUGUCUGACUCCUGUCGUUUGAAGAUGAAUAACAAGAUGUAUGCAGGGGAUUACGGAGAUGGUAAUCCAACUUUAUCCCCUUAUUACACAGGAAGGAAGGGUUUCCAGAAUUAUGUUUGCUACGAGACCCCUCAUAACAGCAGUAAUGAGACGACAUUGAAUAGUAAGGAUACGUUACCCCUAUGUCAGAACAAUCCUCGUGGAGGGAAGAUGACGAACCCCAGGAGCCAAAUGGCUUGCACCCAUGACGAGAUAAACGAGAAUCAGUUGACCAAUCAGAACCAUAUGAUGAAUACAAUCGGAAAAGAAUCAAUUUGGAGUAAUAAAAUAACACUGAGGGGAAGUUGUUUCCAGGAAGAGGACAAAAGAGAACACAUGUGUUCUUUCAAGCACUGCGAAUUUAAAUAUAUUCCCCAAAGCGAUGUAUACAUAUGCAUUGAAAGCAGGAAUUAUCACAUAUGUGAUGAUAAAUGUGAGUUAGCCAUAUCAUCAGAUAUAGAGUGGGGGUAUUUGGUAUGCCCUUUGUCUGGAAAAAUGUUUGAUUGUUUAUCACAACCACAAUGUAGAAAAAGCUUUAAGAGUGUAGACUCCAGCGUUAAAUACAUUUUGACUUAUGAUAUGGGAAAUGAUGGCGCCUUUCAAUAUAUCUCCCCCCAGGAAGAAAAUUAUUCUGACAGUUCUUAUGCCCAAGAAGUGGAACCAUCCUUUGCAUACAGAAAAAGAUAUUCACAUAAACGUAUGGAUGAAAAUAGGGCUCAUGAGGAUAUGCGCAGAAGGGUAAAGCGACGAAGUGAGAAAAAGAAAAGUGGGCGCAUUCCCCCUGUCAGUAAAAAUAGCAUCUUCAAAAAGAUACUCGAUUCGUACAUGGGAAGGAAGAGGGAUUGUAAACGGGGGUCCAUGCGCAACGGGUGA